AUGGGUUUCUGGGCCUUUUCCCAUCCAGAUCCCCUGCUGGGCAUCCCCAACAGGUUCAAAGGAAUCAGCGCAGAGGAUGAUCUGUUCAGGGUGUCAGAGUACAAAUUUAGAAACUUACACAUAUAUAGCCAGUAUGUCAUCAUUUCACCAACGGAUUUGCUUUAAAUUUCUCACAUAAAGCUACAUUUGUUGGAGGAUCCUUCCACAUACAAAAAAUAGAGGAUGUCAAACUUGGGGCAAUUUGACACUGAUUUUUACCAAUCUAAUUAUACCAUUGAUAACCAGGAGCAAAGUGGUAAUGAUUCUGAUGCCUAUGGAAAUCUGUAUGGCUCUAGAAUACAACAAGCCAUUGAGGAGCCUCAACCUACCUCUUUAGUUCCACCGGAAAUGCUCAUGGCACCAGGUUACACAGGACAAUUUUUUCAGCCAGCAUCCAACUCGGAUUAUUAUUCACAAUCUCCUUACAUUGACAGUUUUGAUGAAGAACCUCCUUUGUUAGAAGAUAAGUUAAAGAAGUAACUUGGAAUCAAUUUUGAUCAUAUACGGCAAAAAACCUUGACCGUGUUAAAUCCGGUGAAGCCAGCAGAUGGCAGCAUAAUGAACGAAACAGACCUCACUGGACCCAUCCUUUUCUGCAUAGCUCUGGGAGCUACCCUGCUUUUGGCAGGAAAAGUUCAGUUUGGUUAUGUGUAUGGCAUGAGUGCCAUUGGCUGCCUUGUGAUUCAUGCCCUACUGAACUUGAUGAGCUGUUCAGGGGUGUCGUAUGGCUGCGUGGCAAGUGUCCUGGGUUACUGCCUCCUCCCCAUGGUCAUCCUGUCCAGUUGCGCCAUCUUCUUUUCACUGCAGGGCACCUCUGGAACCAUGUUAGCCCUGAUCAUCAUUGGCUGGUGUAGCCUCUCAGCUUCGAAGAUCUUCAUUUCGGCCUUGGACAUGGAAGGGCAGCAGCUUCUAAUUGCCUACCCUUGUGCCCUACUUUAUGGACUUUUUGCUCUUCUAACUGUUUUCUAAAGAAUGUUUGAGAUGGUGCUUCAAGAUUCUAUUUGUUUGCUGUUUAGCUUGUCUUGGAAAUAUAUUAACAUUUAAAUUUGGUGCUAUGAUUUCUGUUUUAUUGCUAUUGAGAGAAUAAUAAACAGAAACAAAACAGCACUCAAGGAUGGUGCUCUAAUAGCCUGCUGGUUUGAAUGAUGUUUUGCUUUUCAGUUUGGUGCAUUAAAACACUUGAAAAUACUUAAAAAGGGAUAUAGUUGCUAUACUGACGGACCCUGCUUUUCUCAAUACAUGUAUUUCCGAGAAAUUAUAAGUAAAUAAAAUCAGUGCUUACUGGUUAAAGGA